AUGUCACCAUCCCCGGCCCCUGAGGUGCUGCUGCCGACGUUCCCACAGGUGGAGGUGGACGAGAACGGGAAGAUCAUCGAUGCCCGUUUCAAGACGUUCGGCUGCGGAUCGGCCAUCGCUUCCAGUUCGCUGGCUACGGAGUGGGUUAAAGGGAAAACGGUUGAUGAAGCUUUGAAGAUCAGGAAUACAGAUAUUGCUAAAGAACUUUGCCUUCCUCCAGUCAAACUGCACUGCUCUAUGUUGGCUGAAGAUGCAAUCAAGGCCGCCUUGGCUGAUUACAAGCUGAAGCAGGAUCCAAAGAAAGAAGAGUCGGAGAAGAAAGCAAACAAUGCCUAAACUGACUGUAGAGCUUGUUCUCAUUCCACUUAAAUUUGCAGUGCAAUUACUCUAGCUAUUAGUAGGAUCCUGUGCACUACUAAAUGAAGCUGUAAGAUACGCACAACUUACGCACAAUGUGUCACUGUUCCAUGUGUGUUAAGACACUUGUAGUGCUUAAGUGACUGGAAUGUGGGUAUUUCAGCAGUCUGUAUCCUAUCGUGACUAUUCUUGGAAAUAUUUGGGUGAAGGAGACUGCUUAACUGCAGACAGCUAUAGUGGCUUCUCUCAGAAGUGAAAAUUCUGGUGUUCCAGUGCUGGAAUGGCUGCACUUUUUGGAAGAUGUAUAGUUUUGCCUAAUGUUUUACAGAGUUUAGUGGGAACGUUGCCUUGGUCUUAAUAUUUAUGUAAGAACUGCAGGUCAAUUUAUAUAUCAAUGCAGUAUACAAAUGUGAGGCAGUUCAUCUGUCUGCAAACUACA